AAGCUAGCCGGGCAUGGCGGCGUUGGCGUUGGCGACGGGGGCUCUGUGAAGCCGGCGGCGGGGGCUGCUGCCUUCCCUUUGUCCCAGCCCGCCGAGAGGCUGCGCUCGGCGAUGGAGACCUAGCAGCGCCGCCGCCGCCACCACACCCACCCCAGCCCGUCUGCCCGGGGAAGAUGGAGCUGGGGGGCGCCCACUUCCAGGCCCCGUCCGGAGGCGGGGGUCCCUGCCCGGAAAUGUUGCAAGUAGCCGAGGAGGCUUUCCGAGGCGGGCAGUUCGCGCUGGCGGCCGAGAUCCUCAGCUCGCAGCUGGCCGAGCUGCCUCAGCCCGAGCGAGGCCUCUGCCUGCGUCAAGGGGAUGCGCUGGCCCGCGCAGGGCGCAUGGCUGAGGCGUUGGAGUCCUACAGCGCGGCCGCUCGGCUGGCCCGGCUGCGGCCCGAGGAGUUGCGGGAGCUGGCCGAGAGCUUCGCCCUCAUCAUCCGCGAGAAAGAGCUGCGGCUGCCUCCGGGGCCCGGAGGGGGCGACCCGCUGGGGGACCCCGCCUGCUGCCGCCCGCCAGAGCUCUUGGGCUGCCCCUCGUGUCUGCGGCUGCUCUGCGAGCCGGUGACUUUGCACUGCGGGCACACCCACUGCAAGCGCUGCGCCCUCAACGGCGGAGGGGAGUGUGCGCGGUGCGCUGCCCGGUGCUCGGCCCCGGUCUCCGGCGGGGCGGCCCCGCUAGCAGCUGGGCUCCGCGUGAACGUGGUCCUGGGCAACUUGCUGGAGAAAUGGUUCCCGGACGAGAGCAGAGCGCGCCGGCUGUGCGCCGAAGGGGACGCUUUGUGGGAGACGCAAGAGGUGGCGGCCGCGCUGGAGAAGUACAACCAGGCCCUGGAACUCGCUUCCUGUAAAUGCUCAUUAAUAGCACAACGGGCAGAACUCUGUACAGCGAUGAAGAAUUAUCAACAAGCCCUUUAUGAUGCGGAGGCUCUCUGCCGAAAUAAGCCCCACUGGCCCAAGGGUCAUUAUGUGAAAGCACAAGCUCUUUCUGGAUUAGGAAGGAUUGAAGAAGCAUUGAAGGAGUUUCUUUAUUGUGUUGCCUUAAAUCCUGAAUGGAGCUCAAUGAAGAUGGAAGCCCAAAAGAUAAUGUGUGAGAUGUUCUUUCCAGCCUUUGAAAAUGUGCACGAUACUCUAACAACUCCUUUUUGCAAUCGUACCUCUUAUACAAGGCUGAAGCCUGCAUUUCUAAGUAGCAUAAAUACUCAGUCUUCUGCAGAGGAUGGGCUAACUGAAGAGAGCUCAAAGGAGACUGUCUUGAGGUUAACAAAAACCCCAUCCCAAGAUACUGAUGUCUUUCGAAAUACUGAUUCUUCUGUUUCCCAACAUAUACUGGAUUUGUAUUUUGAAGAUAAAAAAACUCUGGGAACAGUCCUCUAUAAUCUACCUGGUGCAAGCUUAAAAAGGAAGUUCUCUAGUGAUGUGGGAGAUUUACAGAACAUAGAUGUCCCUAGCAAAAUUCCUAGAAAAGAUGGGAAUACUACUUGUACAAACACCACUCUUCCCUUAAAAGUGAUACCUGCAAACCUCGUUGAUGCGUCUGACUUUGAGUGUUCCCUCUGUAUGAGGUUAUUUUAUGAACCUGUUGCUACUCGUUGUGGACACACAUUCUGCCUCAAAUGCCUUGAACGUUGUAUGGACCAUAAUCCUCACUGUCCACUGUGUAAGGAAGAGCUCUCUGAGUUUUUGGCAAGCAGAACUUAUAAAAAAACCAUCCUUACUGAAGAGUUAAUAGUUCGUUAUUUGCCGGAAGAGUUGUCUGAAAGGAGGAAAGUUUAUGAGGAAGAAAUGAAGGAAUUGUCUAAUUUGAAUAAAGAUGUUCCUAUCUUUGUGUGCACCAUGGCUUUCCCUACCAUCCCCUGCCCUCUUCAUGUCUUCGAACCUCGCUAUCGGUUAAUGAUAAGAAGAUGCAUGGAAACUGGUACCAAGCAGUUCGGCAUGUGUUUAGCAGAUGAGUUGAAAGGGUUUGCCGAUUAUGGCUGCAUGCUGGAGGUCAGGGAUGUGAAGUUUUUCCCCGACGGUCGCUCAGUUGUUGAUACGGUUGGUGUUCGCCGUUUCAGAGUCUUGAGCCAUGGUCAACGAGACGGGUAUAAUACUGCAAACAUUGAAUAUUUGGAAGAUAAAAAGGUUGAAGGAGCAGAGUAUGAAGAACUUGUCCGCCUUCAUGAUUCUGUGUACGAUCAAGCUGUUGCCUGGUUUACUUCUCUCAAGGACAAUAUGAAAGCCCAGAUUUUAAACCAUUUUGGAUCAAUGCCAGGGAAAGAAUCUGAGCCACAGAGCAGUCCCAGUGGCCCGGCUUGGUCUUGGUGGCUGUUAGCAGUAUUGCCGCUAGAGAACAGGGCCCAGUUGGCCAUUCUUGCCAUGACUUCGCUGAAAGACCGUCUGAUCGCUAUACGGCGUGUAUUAAUAUUUGUGACGCGCAAAAGACCCAGAUGACAUCGCCUUAUUUGUGACCGGAUGCUCUGCAACCCACUUGUUGCAAAUGCAAGAAAGAAAGAUCGAACAGUUAUUCCUACUAAUGACACUGAUCCGCUCAUCUCGGCAUUCACCAUUGUUUGCACUCUCUAUCCAGUAGUUACUCAAGCACUCAGUGCCUAUUGUCCUGAAGAAAUCUGAGCCUCUUGGAAGUUGUGCUACAAUUGCAACAUAGCUAACAGUGUGGUUGUAGGCAACAGCUUGAAAAUAACCCAACUGUCUUCUUGUCACAGUGAGACAACCCAAGUUUGGAGCCCUAUGUUGUCACCAAAGCUCUAAAAGAGGUUUCAACUUAGUAGCAAUGAGACGAACUCAGAACAGUAGGUUAGGAACUGGGGGGGGGGGGGGGGGGGAGGAAUGCAUUAUUAGAAUAUGCUUGAUAGCAAGCUGAAGGGAAAUUCUUCAGACUGAAGGAAGAAUGGCAACUGAAUGAACUGAACAGUCUUUCCAUCUGCAGCCUGUUGACAAAAUGAUAGACGUAUGAAGCGAACUGGGAUUCACCUGGUCAAAAUGUUUCCUUCAGAGGGUUUGUGUGUCCAGAAGAGCAGCUGCCGAAAGGCAGAGUGGGUGGUAGAAUAAGUUAAUCCCUUGUGUUCUGUAAUUUGCAUGUUGUGUGUAAUAGAAAGAAUGUUUAAAAUAUAUAUAGGAAGCUGGGUUCCUCCACCCCCACCCUUCAAAAAAAGAAAAUCAGAGCAACCUCAGGCAGCCUAUAUUACAAAAUCACUUAGAAUCUGCCCUGCCCUCAGUGGUUACACCCAGGGCCUGUGCACAUAAGAAUCCCAUUGCCUAUCAUGGCAUAUGGCAUUUUAUGAGUGCAUGGGAUGCUUUUCUCUGAAACUAUUACCACUUAAGCAUAUCAGACGCUAAUGGCUGGAUAGUGGCCAGAGUUUAGUUUAUAUAUACUUUGUUGUUUUAGGCUGUUUUGUGGUUAGCUCAUUAAAAGGCUGUUGAGAAGUAAUAUUUGCAAUUUCAGAUUAUCCUACAUGUUCAUUCAAGAUUCAGUUUACCUGUACAUACAACCGCCAGACCAGCUUAUUAUACUGGAACAAUGUUAGCACAUUUGUUUUUUUAAAAAACCAAAACUUUAAUAUUCCUCUUUAUGUACCGACUACUGUCUGUGCUUGAAGUCUUUUUGUCCAUGGUGACAACAUGAAAGGAGGCACAAAUUCAACCCUGUAAAGGCAAAUCUCAAUGCAAGCUUAAACCAGGUGUUACCUUCAAUUUGUUGUUGGUUCUGUAAAUAUAUUUGUACUUUGAUGUCUUAGUAACUAUUGUUUGAUGACUUCUAAAAAUGGUCAGGCAACCCAUUAGAAAUAAGAAAAAAAAUUGGCAGGUGUGAAAUAACAGAACAAUGCAAGUAGCAGAGGUUUUUUAAGUUGUAGAAAUAGUUGUACUCUUGGGUGAGAGGAUUAAAAUGGUUCAGUUCUCAACACAUCGUGCAAAUGGAAGGCAAAGUAAAAUAUUGGCUCGUGUGCAAAUAAUUUGGCAAGGUGAAAAUAGUGGCAAUACCAAAAUAUUUUAAAAGUGCCUCCUUUUUAAAUUAGAAAAAGAAAGUUCUCUUUAGACAAAGGCUGUAAACACUUGCACAUGAAUUCAGGAAGAAAUAUUUUUAAUGAUCUAACUGUAUUCUUGGGUAUUAUAAUUGUAGUCUGAGUGAUACUAGAUGAUUGGCAAAAAUAUCUAGUCCGAAGUUGCCAAUAGUAGUUUCCUCAGAACUGAUCAAUGCACCCUGAAUGUACUGUAGUUGCCUCUACCUUGAAUUAGCCUUUUUGUAGUUAAGUAACAACCUCUGACUAUUCUUUUAAUUGUAAACUGUGUAACUUGCAACCAAUGAUCUAAUAAUCUCUACCAUAGCCUUCCUGCAAGUUCUGCUACCUUUUCCAGAGUGUGUAGAUAAUGUGGUGGUGAUUGUUCUUUCUUCAAGUAUUUUUAGCGAGCAUUAAAGCCAGAAAAAGGGAGGUCUUAGGGUGUAUUCCCUUCUAUCCAUUCUCCCUAGGUGCUAUCAUACUUCCCCACCGCCUCUGUCUUCCAGUUAAUCCACUGGACUUCACAAAGCUUCCAAAGUUAACUAAGCAUGCCCUCAUUAAUUUUUUUGCAGGGAACUUGGACCAUCUGCAUUGACUUUCCACAAUACCUUUUGACUGUUUGUUUAAAAUGGUUUGGGUUUGUUUUUGGUUUUUUUACCAUUUCUAGGUAUAACUCAAACCUUUUCUUCUAUGGAUUGAUGAAAUAACUGAGAAUUGGUACAUAACUAAGGAACUGUUUUGUUCCAGUAAUUAGUUUAGCAUUCUCCACUCUCUUAGAUUGUAUUCCCUGCUGUCUCCUUGAAGAGUCCUCUUCUGUUUAGGACAAAGGACUUUUUCGAACAGUCUUCAGUAUAGUUUCAGUUCCGUAACAGUAUCAGUCCUUAAAAUUAAGGUCACAUCCACUCUUUUAACAGUCAAAGGAGCAGAUGUUAUCUCUGACAUUAAGGUACAUGAUGAAAGCUGAAGUUUUAAACCUCUUUUCUCUCAGGCUGUUUGAUCUGGCAAUUUGGGAGAAUUGGGGUGGGUGUCUGCAGUCCAAAAGGGUUUUGAGAAAAACAUGUGAGACAUAACAUUUCUUUGACUGUGUCAGGGUGGAGAAGGCAUUCCAGCCUCCCCUAUAAAAAGCAAACAUGCAUAAGCUUGUCUUGACAUUGCAGGCCAGCUCUGAGGCUUCCAAAUAAUAGAUGUAUUUGAAGUUCACUUGUCUUUUGAACUUCAUAAUCUAUACCAGUUGUUUGCUACUGUGGCCUUUUAUCAGCUGCAUCUAACUGUCCUUCUUUUCAAUCAUGGGGAUUGUUUUGUGACUCCAUUGAGCUGAUAAUCAGCAGAUUACUGCUUCUCCUUUGGCUUGUGCUGCAGUUAAUUUCCAAACAGAAUACAUGGCCAUGGUGUUCAGAAGGCUGUGUGCUUUAGUCAUACAGAAUCUAGGGUAUCUGAAGGACUGGUGUCUGGUAGCGCCUUAAUUUUGCAGCUCUGGAAUGAUUGUAUCAACAAAGCAACGCAAAACCGGAUCUGGGGCUUGUGACCAGGUUGUUGAUGUUGUUUGUAUGUAUGUGUGUUUUUUUUUAAAGUACAUUUUAUGUAGAUAAAACUUGAAACAAAAUCCUCAUCUGUUUUUUUAAGCUAGUUGAAGUGUGUGUGUAUGUGUACAUAUGUAUAGAUAUAAAUUAUUAAUCCGCGCCUUUUUUGUAUUUAGUGAAAACAAAAAAAACAGAUCUGUGUUACAACCAUGUUUGGCAUUUCUUGUUCUCUAAAAUGAAGCCAAACUUUUUUUUUUAAGAAAACUUUUUUUUUUUUUUGCAAUGUUCAUUUCAUGUAUAUUUGGACUACACAUGGGAAAAUGUAUUUAUGUGAUAUUUGGAAUAAAUAAAUUCAGUUUACACA